AUGAAAUCCUUCCUUGGUUGCGUCCUUGCUGCGACGUUGGUGGGCGCUCAGGUCGAAUUCAACUGUGAUCCUUGCAUUGAACGCAGUGGAACGUCCAUUCAGGCGAUUGUCCAUGGUGCCUCCGACGACACCUUUUGGAUGCAGGUCCAAGCCGCCAUGAAGCAGUCCGCCAGCGACAUGAAUGUGGAGUUUAGUCUGAGCUUUGCCGAGGGCGGUAAUGCGGAUUCUCUCUACGACAAUAUGGCAUCCCAGAUUACACAGGCAGCGGGUAAUGCCCAAGCCUUGAUUGUCAGCAUUCCCGAGGGCAGUGACAAGGUGAAACAGGCCGUGGAAACUGUCAUUUCGGGAGGUACACCCGUGUUUGGAUUGGAGAGUGGGUAUCAGGUGGCCAAGUCAGCUGGAUUGUCGUCCUUUAUUGGUAUGGACGAUGAAUUGGCGGGCAAGACUGCCGCGGAGAAUUUCAAGGCGGCGGCUCCCACGCAGGCUCUCUUUCUCCAUCUGACAGAUGCUGCCAACGCCCAAAAGUAUUCGAACCGUGUCAAAGGAUUGCAAGAUGGAUUUGCGGCGCUCAAUUUGACGACAUCUGUGGAAAGUACGGCAAUUGAGUCUCCCGGCGAUGUGUCGGCUUCGGGAAUUUUUGAUAACUGUCCUUAUCAGGCUGUUUUGAUUGGGACCGAGUCGGAUGAACUCAUGGAAAAUACGUGGGCACUCUUGGAUCAACAGGGAUGCCAGGAUACCCUUCUUGCUACCUUUGGCAGCAGUGUGGCGGUCCAUAAAGCAGUUAGUUCUGGAAAACUUGCCUUUGCCAUGUCGCAGCAGUCCUACUUGCAAGGAGCUCUUAGUGUCGUCCACGCUGCCUUGUACGUGACGACGGGCAAGCAUCUGGCGCCCUCCUCCGAGUCUCCAUGGGGGAUGCUCUUGAGUGGGCCCGAAGUUUUCACUGCCGACAAUGUCUUGACGGAUACCUUCCAGAUUUGCGAGGCCGAGGGCUUUCCCGUGUGCCCCAAUGACAAGGCAUUGGAUGGAGUUACCACAUCUGAGUGCAAAUGUACCGACCGCCCCACGAUGAAGAUAGCCGGUGUCUUGCACGCGGUCACCACAGAUUCCUUUUGGGACAUUGUGUAUACGGCUGCCAAUCAGGCUGCUGAUGAUUUUGGAGUUUUAUUGGAGCUCGACAGAAUGGAACCAGACACGGCCGAUGUGUUGCACACGCGAAUGGCAAACCAAAUUGAACGACUCUGUCAAGAAGGUGUGGACGGAAUCUUUGUGACGAUUCCAUCUGAAACUGUUUUGGAUGCCAUCAAGGGAUGCCAGCAACUCAACGUGCCGGUCGUUUCCAUCAAUGCUGGGCCAGAUUUUAGCCGCGACUUGGGACUCCAGCACCAUUUGGGUAUGGUGGAGUUCAACGCUGGAUACUUGGCUGGACAGCGAAUGGCGGAAACAGGACAGCUUACCAGCGCUUUAUGCUGCGACCAUGCACCGGGAAAUGUUGUGCUGAUUGAUCGAUGUGGCGGCUUUGAAAAGGCAAUGAAGGAAGCCAAUAUACCUUACUUGGGUGCAGUCACUGUGCCCGACGACAAUGCAGAGCUAUUUGUCAACAAUGUGGAGACAUUUGUUCGAACCGAAAACAAUGAUGACUAUUCCGGUUUGGGCGUCAUGCUCGCGGGAGGGCCACAACACGGUCCUGGAAUCAUGCUCAAGGAAAAGCAUCCGGAAAUUCUCGCUGGUGCCUUCGACACAUCUGAUGCAUUUUACAAAGGACUGGAUGACGGAAAACUCAUGUUUGGAAUGGACCAAGGGCCAUACCUUCAAGGUUACCUGCCCAUUCCUCUGUUGGCCUGGCAAGCCCAGACGAUGCAGAACACUGUGAAUCAUCUGAUUGAAACUGGUCCCGACUUUGUUCUCGAAUCACCAUCCCAAGCCAAGCAAACUUGUGAACUCGGCCACUUCAAGACUUGCGAAUGGGAAGCCGUGAGCACUACAUCUGGUCCUGAUGUUGCCGACUCAACCCCCACUACCGGUACCAGUGACAGCGGAGGCGACACCAGUUCAAGCGGAAGCAACAACAAUACGCCUUCGGACGAGGAUGCUUCUGCUUCGAUUCCAGCGAGCGGAUCGAGCAAUGCUGAAAGUGAGGGCGGAUCUGACAACAAGGCGGCCAUCGUUUCCUUGUCUAUUGUGGCAGUUGUAUGCAUUCUGUCCAUUGGAUUCUUGGCAUAUCGAAUGCACCUCUUGAAGAAGUACGUGCACCGCCUGGAAGAAGACGGACGAGCCCCACCACAAAUGUCCACGGGAGACUACAUCUCAAGUGCCUACAUGCCUCCAGAGCAGAUCGUAAACAGAAAGGGUGGCGGCGGAGCCAAUGAAGUCAAGGAUGAAACUGUUACGGCCGAACACAUCUAA